CUGCUAUAAAGCUCUGUGUCCUGCACGAGCGCCACUUCAUCUGAUCUCCUCACAAUGAACGAUAUCUACAAAGCAGCGGUAGAGCAGCUCACUGAUGAGCAGAAAAAUGAGUUCCGCGCAGCAUUUGAUAUUUUCAUUCAGGACGCUGAAGAUGGCUGUAUUAGCACUAAGGAGCUCGGAAAGGUAAUGAGGAUGCUGGGCCAGAACCCCACGCCGGAAGAACUCCAGGAGAUGAUUGACGAGGUGGAUGAGGAUGGCAGUGGGACGGUGGACUUUGAGGAGUUUUUGGUCAUGAUGGUGAGAUGCAUGAAAGAUGACAGCAAAGGAAAGUCAGAAGAAGAACUGGCAGAACUCUUCCGUAUGUUUGAUAAGAACACAGACGGGUACAUUGAUCUCGAUGAACUGAAGCUGAUGCUGGAAGGUACAGGUGAAACCAUCACUGAAGAUGACAUUGAGGAACUGAUGAGGGACGGAGACAAAAACAAUGAUGGAAAAAUCGAUUAUGAUGAGUUUCUGGAGUUCAUGAAAGGGGUGGAGUAAAGGAUGAAGGAACAUCUUCCUGGUGUUUCUCCCUGGAUUCUCAAACAAAAGGAUAGUAAAUAUUCACGCUUGAUGAGAGACAAUAUAGACUGACAGAUCCUCUAUUGCUCUAUCUUAUUAAUAUGUCUGUAAUUUUAAGGACAAUAUUUUCAGAAGAUUCAAUUAUUGUGAACACAUGUAAACACAUUUUGAAGUCAAGGCCAAGUUGUGUAGAUUUAAGACUUGGGUUUAAUUUGUCUACUAAUUUAUUAAUUUACUAAAAACAUUUUACCUUCAUGUUUAUUUAGUAAAUCAGUUAUAAUUGGUUACACACUGACCAGACGUGAGUCUAAAUAUGUGCGUGAGGCUAAUUUAAAAAAAUAAAAGUUACACAAAGUGUGUCUAACAUUCUGCUCUAUUCCUCAAAUUAUUUCUCACAUUUAAUUACAUUAAAUUGUAGCUUUUGUAGUUUGUUUUACA